AUGUCUUCAGUGGACACUAACGGAGAGAUUGAUUACGACUUACUAUCGAAACUGUCGUAUUUGGAUGCAGUCGUGUCGGAGACUCUCAGACUACACGCGCCAUCCAUAAGAGUGGCCCGAAUUGCUUCACAGGAUUACAAAUUAGGUGACACCGGUAUCACUAUUAAAAAGGGACAGGCAGUUUCUAUCCCUACUUAUGCCAUCGCACAUUUGGAGGAGUUUUAUCCAAACCCGGAGUCAUUUAUUCCCGAAAGGUUUCUACCGGAAAACAAACCCAAAUUAGUUCCCUAUACUUAUCUGCCAUUUGGUGGCGGACCCCGAAGUUGUGUGGGAAUGAGGUUUGGGUUAAUGGAAGCCAAGUUAGGGUUAGCCCAUGUGAUCAGGAGAUACCAAUUCUUGAAGUGUGCCAACACUGAUAUACCCGUCUCAUUGAUUCGCAAUGAAUUCCUUCACACACCUAAACGAGUGAUCGUUGGCAUUCACAAGAGAUAA